AUGGAGAAUAACGCUGCUAAUGUUGUUGUUGUUGCUACUGCACCUGCUGUGCCUACUGUUUCUGUUGUUGUUCCCUCACUAAUUACCUAUGCCAAAUCUUUUUCCGAUGUUUCAAAAAUUAUGAUUUUUGGUGGAGAUAAUUUUAACCGCAAGCACGUUGUUGUUGACAAAAGAAAAGAAAUUGCUACUAGAAGCAGCCUUGUGGAGGACAACAACUGUCAGAGAAAAUCAAGUAACAGGUAUGAUAAAAGAAAUGGUUAUACUCCCAAAACCAACAAUCAACCUGGCCACUAUGUUGCUCAAUGCCGAAAAAGAGUUGGGAAUGACAAUCUCACUAAGGCUAAAGUAAAUUUGACUGAAGCCAAAGUGGAUGAUAUAAUUAUUGCGGUUGUUUCCCAAGUGAACCUUGUGGCCAAUGUGAAAGAUUGGGUGUUAGAUUCUGGUGCCACUAGGCACAUAUGUGCUAACAAAAAAGACUUUGUGUCUUACACCCAAAUUGAGGAGGGAGAAGAAGUUGUCUAUCUUGGUGAUUCAAGAACUACUCAAGUUCUUGGAAAAGGCAAAGUUCUUCUCAAACUCACAUCUGGCAAAACUUUGGCAUUGAAUGACGUGUUGCAUGUUCCUAGUAUCCGAGCCAAUUUGGUCUCUGUGGGAUUAUUAGGAAAAGUGGGGGUGAAGGUUGUUUUUUAA